AUGAGGCGGACACCGCUACUGUCCCUCACCAGGAGUCAGGCGAGCAUCCUUCAAAGGAUACCUAGGCAGCUCGUAGGAGUCAUCACGUACAUGCCCGAGUUUUUGGCAAUAGGUGCAUCUGGGUCUGUAAUUGCCUCCACAUUGAUCGCCGUGAUCUGUUGGACUGCUACGAUCAUGCUUGCUGGGCGCUGCGCACUGCAAAGGCUUCGGACUUGGACGUUGGGUUGUGGUUUUGGGAUAUCAAGCGCUGCUGAUCCUCAUUCAAAGUGA